AAGGGGAAGAAAAAAGAGAAGGGGAAGAACAAAGGAAAGAAGGAGGGGAAAGAACCAAGUGAGGAACAGGUGAAGGCCCCAAUUGCUGCUCCAGAACCUGAGCUCAAAACGGAGCCGGAUAUUGAACAGGCUCCCGAUCAGCACUCGAUAAGCAGCGCAGAGACACAGCCAGUUCAAGAGGAACAAAAGGAAAAGGCUGCGAUAAAGGUGGAACCCGAAGUCGUGGAAGAAGUGAAGGAGGACAACGCAGAAGAAAAGGAGGAAGAACCAGCAGUGCAGGAGAAGGAAGAUAAGGGUGAGGAAAAGAAGAAGAAGGAGGAACCACUGAAAGAAAAGAAAACGGAGAAGAAGAGAGAGGAGGCUAAAGUCUCCAAACGCCAGAAAACCAUGCAGUGCAAAGUCACCUUACUGGACGACACUCAGUUUGAGUGUGAGCUUGAUAAACAUGCUAAAGGUCAGGAACUUUUGACAAAGGUGUGUGACCACAUCAACCUGGUGGAGAAAGACUACUUUGGCCUGGCUAACUGGGAAACACCAACCAGUAAGACAUGGUUGGAACCCACAAAAGAGAUCCGAAAACAUGUACCAGGUGCUGUGUAUGAGUUCACGUUCAGCGUGAAGUUCUACCCUCCUGAUCCAGCACAGCUUACGGAAGACCUUACCAGGUAUCUACUCUGUCUCCAGCUGAGGAAGGACAUCAUGCGCAGCAUUCUUCCAUGUUCCUUCGUCACACUAUCCUUGCUGGGUUCCUACACGGUUCAGUCAGAGCUUGGGGAGUAUGACCCGGAGCUCCAUGGAGAAGACUAUCUGAAGGAUCUGAGCCUGGCCCCGGGACAAAGCAAAGAGCUGGAGGACAAAGUGAUGGAGCUUCACCGCACAUACAGGUCAAUGAGUCCUGCUCAGGCAGACAUGUUGUUUCUUGAAAAUGCCAAGAAACUCGCCAUGUAUGGAGUUGACCUGCACCAAGCCAAGGAUCUGGACGGUGUUGACAUUACACUGGGGGUUUGCGCUGGUGGUCUGAUGGUUUACAAGGACAAGCUGAGGAUCAACCGUUUCCCUUGGCCCAAAGUGCUCAAGAUCUCUUACAAACGCAGCAGCUUCUUUAUCAAAAUCCGACCAUCUGAGCAAGAACAGUAUGAAAGCACAAUUGGCUUUAAACUGCCCAACUACAAAGCCUCAAAAAAGCUGUGGAAAGUUUGUGUUGAACACCAUACCUUCUUCAGGGUUUCAACAGUGGAACCCCCCUCGUCACGUCGCUUCCUGGGCUUGGGCUCCAAGUUCCGGUUCAGUGGCCGCACUCAGGCCCAGACCCGCCAGGCAAGCUCCAUGAUCGAUCGCCCAGCCCCUCGCUUCACACGCUCUGCAAGCAAGAGGCUGUCCCGUAAUCUAGAUGGAGCUGGAGAUGACACUCUCCAGAUUCUGCAGCAACACUCUGCAUCAACCAGGUCUGAGACUGAUGACUGGUGGUCAAUGCUCUUGUCCGACAAACCUCAGCCUUCUCCUGAAUUCCCAGCCAGUGGGGAAUCCAGUCAGACUUUCUUUCAGUCCCGGGAAGAGCAAACUGGGCAGACAGUCACAGUAAUCUGGCAGGACACUGGUCAGACUGGUUCUCAAACCACCACCCAGUCAGUCAGUCAGCCAUCGGAUGAGCUGCAGCAGUGGAGGAAAGAAGAUGAGUGGUCUGACCUGCUGUAUCGUCAUCCUUCUUUUCCCUUUAUCCCACCUUUUGAAUUUGUCAAACAGCCAGCCAAGCUCACCUUGACAAAAAUGAGCUCAGUGGACAGGCUUUUGCAACCUGUGCUGAAAAAUGACGAUGACUGGUUCCUGUACUUUGACCGAAUUCUCAGCCCGCCUUCACCUGAGUGGAUUGAAAAACCAUUCCCUCCCCUAGCUCAGUUGCAGCUCCAGGAUCAGGAGGAUGAGCAGGAGCCAACCAAUCAGGAGGUCAUUGAGAGGCUUCAGGGAACAGUGACCUUGGUAGACAAGAUGAUAGAGGCAGGUGUUUUGGAAAGGAGGCUGAGGGAAGUGAAGGAUUUGGAGGAAAGGCUCCAUGAAGUGGAUGAGAUUGCAGAGAGACUUCAAGAAGUAAUAGAGCAAGAGUUGGGGAAGGAAGAAGUAGAACAUCUAAGAGAAGAAGAUGGAGAUUUACAGAAGGAUCAACUAAUACAAGUAGGAAGUAGUGAAAGAGUAGUGAAGACAUCUGUGAGAAAGAUGGAGAUAAACGAGGAGGAUGAAGUGGAUGAACUGGAAGAGCAAAUAAAGCAGGUGUUUUUAAAGGGUUUGUUGCCCGAAGAAGAAGAGUCUCAGGUGAAGCAAGAGAAGGAAAAGGAAGUGACAGUUGAGACUCUGUCAGAUGAUAAUGUGAGAGAGAAGCUAAGGCAGAAAGGAAAGGAUUGGCAGGUUGAGGUGGAGGAGAAGUUUGAUGUCAAUGGCACCACGUUGAUAGUGGCACAGCAGAAGGUGGUGCGUAGGACUAUAAAGAGAGUGACUAUUGUAGAUGAGAGAAGGCAACAGCAAGAAGAUGUAGAAGACCUGCAGGCGCAGUCCUCUGAGAUUUUAGAAAAACAAGAAAUACGGCACAAGUCAGAAUUGCAGGACGAGAGAACAGAGGGAGAGUUUACACAGAGACUGGAAGAUAAAGAUGUCUGGUUCAUUCUCUUUGACUGCCUUCCAUACAAAAGUGUUUUCAAACCACCAGUAACCGUUUUGCAACAUGCCCAAGUGGAUAGAGAUGAGGUCUUACAGGCUGAGAUUACAGCAGUCAAAGAAAAAACAGAGAUUAUGGAAGAGGAGAGAAAUAUACAAGAAGAGGUGGCAUGGCAAGCACCAGAGUUUUCACCACCACAGGCCAUCACAUACACAGAUAACUGGUUUGUGUUGUUGGAUAUUACUCCCAGAGAAAGACCUUAUGUGCCACCAGUUGUUUGGACAGAUCAAGACCAGGUGGAUGCAGAAAUGUUUGUCUCUGUGGUUGGAACAACAACAACAACAGCAGAUCAGAUUAGAGAAGUAGUCACUGAACAGACAAAGAUAAUUGAAGAUGUACCAAGACAGCUACAAGAAAUGCCACAAAAGCCAGUGACAGCCAGAAAUGAUGACUGGUUUGAUGUGUUCCUGGACCUUAUUCCAAGAGAGAGAUCAUAUGUGCCACCAGUUGUUUGGAAGGAAACAGACCAGGUAGAGGCAGAAAGUGCCUCUGUGGUGGGAACUGCUGCAGACAAGAUUAGAGAAGCAGACAUUGAAGAAAGACAGAUAAUAGCAGAGACACCAAGACAACUACAAGAAAUUCGGCCAGUGACAGCCAGAGAUGAUGACUGGUUCGUGUUGCUGGACGUUGUUCCCAGAGAAACACCUUAUGUACCACCAGUUAUCCCAAAGGCAAGUGACAAGGUGGUGGCAGAAAUGUUUGUCUCUGUGGUUGAAACUGCUGCCUCUGUGAUUAGAGAAGUAGUCGUUGAAGAGACGCCGAUCAUAGAGGAUCAUAGAAGGCAACUACAACCAAUCACACAACCGCCAGUGACAGCCAGAGAUGAUGACUGGUUUGUGUUGCUGGAUGUUGUUCCAAGAGAGAGGUCAUAUAUUCCUCCAGUUGCUGUCGUGGAGCGUGUUCAAGUGUCGCCAAGAGAGCGGGGUUCUCUGACUGAAAUAACAGCCAUUGAGCAGAGGGAUAAAAGAGUGGAAAUUCUUGAAGAAGACACAGAAAUGAAAGAACAGUGGAGUGAGCAAACAGUGGCACUGCCACAGGCUGAGAGAGAGAUAGACGACGACUGGUUUGUGCUGCUGGAUGUGUCUAUUAGAGAGACACGAUUUGUGCCACCAGUUACUGUGGCAGAGUAUGUUCAGGUUUAUCCUGAAGAAAGCAGCAUUUCUGCAGUGGAGUUGAAGAAGAAGGUUGUAGUGAUAGACAUACUACAGAAAGAGGAAAAGAAGCUUCCCAUACAAAUUAUUCCAGAGCUGAAAACUUCCCCACUUGUGAGGGAGAGAGACGAUGACUGGUUUCUGCUGCUGGAUGUUGUUCCUAGAGAAAUGUCAUAUGUGCCUCCAGUUUCUGUGGCAGUGCCGCCCCAAUUGUAUCCACAGUUUGAACCUAAAAUUGAAGUGCAAAGCACAGAGUGGAAAUUGCAGCAGGUUGAAGUUUGGCAGAUUAGACCACAGCCGGCCCUGCCAAAGCCAGAGAGAGAUGACUGGUUUGUGCUAUUUGAUGCAGUUCGAGAAGAGCCAGUUAUACCACCAUCAGUUCCCCGUACUGAGAUUAUUCUGGACACGAAGAAGACACUUGAGGUUAAGGUGACGACCACAGAGACUAGAAUGUGGAAAAAGACGGUAAUUGGUGAGGACAGCAGACAAGAUGAGACGCGUUUGUCUGAAAUUAGGCCGAUCCAAAUGGCACCGCCAUCAGAGAGAGAACAAGGAGACGAUUGGUUUGUCUUGUUCGACAGCAUCCGAGAAAAGCCUGUUGUUGUCCCACCAGCUGCAACUCGGCGAAAGAUUGAAGACAAUUUGUUAAUUUCUUCAAAUGUGGCCUCUAGGAAAUCAGUGGCUGUGGUUGAGAAUAUUUUCAGUGAUUUGGGAACCACUAGAAGAAAGCUGGAAGAUGAUUGGUUUAUUCUUCUGGAUGUGGCUCCUAAGAAAUCAGUCGCUGUCCGUGGGCAUGUCCAGUUCCCUGAGCAUGUCCAGUUCCCAGCAAAGGCCAGAGUUCCACCUGCUGUAGCCAAAACAAAGAUCACCAUUUCUGAGACAGGACCGCAGUUUGAGAAACGGAUCCUGGACGAAAGACGCCCGCUCAUAAAUACAUUUGUCACUGAUGAUUGGUUUGUUCUACUAGAUGUUGACCUCAAACAGCCAGUGGUGACCACCCAGAGGGGUGCGCGUCCUGUCAGCGCUCCAGUCUUCUCCCAGGCUGCUUUGGCUGAGGCUGGCAUCCCCAUGGGGCCUUUCGACCAGCCGCAGACUUCCACCCCAAUCAGGGCCAGCCGCUUGGAGGAGAGAAAGCUGGAGGUCACGGUUGAAGCUGUGGAACCCUCAAAAAUCGAGGAAGGGGCUGAGGUCAAGCCAGCAGUGUGGAGGGAUUCUUCACUGAUUUCCACCAUCAAUGGGUACAUUCAGCACCAGUCAGAGGUCACAAGCACGGAGGUGGUGCGAAUGCGAAAGAAAAGAGCAAAGAAAAUUGAGGGUGGCUCAAUUUAUAUGAGACAUAGCAUUUUAAUGUUGGAGGAUUACGAUAAGCCUCAGGAGGAACUGCUGAGACAUCAUGCCAGUAUCAGUAAACUAAAGAAGAACUUCAUGGAAGCCGUCCCAGAGCCCAGGCCCAGUGAGUGGGACAAGCGCCUGUCCACACACUCUCCGUUUCGCACCUCGGGCAUCAAUGGUCAGCCUCUGACAAGUGCAGAUGGGAGUGAAUGCGUUAGCUCCAUAUGCAAUGGUUCAGACACAAAGUCUGCGUAUGAGGAAACCAGCGGCUGUUUGGGCUCGUCGGGCUCACCCAGGUCCACCGUGUGCUCCACAAGUGAGCCUGAUAGUGUCGGAGCCCACAGUGCUCCCAUUGAGGAAGAGUCAUGUGAUCAAGAAGAAGUUGUAGUUUUUGAGACGUCCUUGGUGCCCAUCGUAGAGGUGGAGAUGGCACAAUUGCCUGCCUCCCUCGAACCAGAGUGUAAAUCUUUAGAAGAGACCCAGGAGGAAGACGGAUCAUGUCCUGGACUGUCCAAUUGCUCUGGGGGGAUAGUUGGAUCUUCCCCAGCCUCCUAUUUCAGGAGCGAUGGUCCGCAGGUCAUACGCUGCUUCCAGCCGCCUCUGGUGCAGACCCAGACAGUCACCAUCACAGCUGCCUCCAACUCCCUACCCACUGGCAUCUCCACCACAGAGGUCCCUAUCAUCCCAACCAAGACCUUCACCUAUGAGUCUUCAAAGGUGGCAGUGGACGGGACAGACGAGGACAAAGAUGUCUCAACUGUGUCCAGCUCCAAGACUGUUACCUCAGAGAGUGUCAGUGGCACCACAGUCACCACCACUACCACUCACAUCUCAAAGGUAGUGAAAGUUGGAUCUUCGGAGACUCGUAUGGAGAAGAGGAUUGUCAUAACUGCAGACUCUGACGUUGACCAAGAUAAGGAGAAACAUGGCGGAGCAUCAGCAUUGUAACUGAAAUCACCGGUUUCACUUAUUCCACCUUCGACAUCCCUUCAGCUCGAUCGACGCACACAAAUAUCCAAAAAAGAAAUAUCCCAUAAAUCUGCAACUGAAGUUAUUAAUAUUAUCACUGAGUAGAUGAAUAUUGGUAGAUUUUAUUUAAUGUUUUCAGUGAAGCUGUUCAUUAUAGGUAGAGGAGGGGUGCACACAUAUGGAUUUUUUUUUUUAAGUUAAAUGCUUAUCCUUAUGUUCAAAAUGCUUAGCAAAUACACUUUUACUGGCUCCAGACAGAAUUUUCAGUUCUGUGAUCUCAGUUACCUUUGCUUUGAAUGCUUUUAUUUUUUUUGCUGAUUGUUUUCAAGUUAUUAGUUUUAUACAAAUGCACUGAAUAUUUUAGUUUAGACACCACUAUCAGCAUUUCUCCCCUUGGUGCUGCUAGGGGAACGUUAAGACUACAUUCAAGGGAACUCUCGUUUUUGUUGUUAACUUGACAAUACCUCACAUUAACAUGUGAACAAAGUUAUUCUGUGCUCAAAUUUGGACAGCGCGUUCCCUUUGUUCACUGCUCAGGGACCAAAAACAAACAAAACCUACAGUACAUCUUUUGUUUUUCCCUUCAAACCAAUAGCUUACACAUUCUUGUAAAGUUUGGAUUGAAAAUUGAUCUAUUUUGAAAUAGUUCUCUAUUUUAUAGAAUUGAUGCUUUUAUAAUGUUUGUACAAAUUGAGGUUUUUAAGUUAUUCAAAUCAUAUCCAUCUGCUCAUGAAAUUGUUUACCACUUUGCUGAGGUUUGAGGUCCCUAUUGAUUAAGACCUCAACAGCCUGAAUCAUUCUUAUGUUUCCUCUCCACCAGGUCACACCUUUCACAGUUUUAACUAUGGAGUGCUUCUCUCAGCCUCGUUUUAUUCAGUAGAAUAGAAGUCAUUCUUGCUUUGAAUAUAUUUGGUUGAUUAAAAUUUUUACAAGCUUUGGUCUGUUUAUCUCAGGUUUUGAUAUUCUUUGUAAGACUACAGACCCCCUCAUGACUGUAUGUGGAAUAUAUGUAUAGCCAUCCCUAUUAUUACUACAUACAUGUACAUUUAUGUUCAGCCAAGUGACAUCAGUUCAUAUUUAAGCUUGUUUUUCACAGUAACCACGUAUGUAAGCAGUGAAGGCAGCUGUCCCAGUAUGUGUGGCUUUUCUCUCGUAGGAACACAGGUUGUCUUUUUUUUUUUUUUUACAUCUUCUGCUAUACAGUCACUUAUUUGUAAAUUAGGGGAAGUUUAAUGUGAUUUGAUGUAUUGUGAUGUUCAACACCAGCUCGUUUCCAGACUUAACACGAAAAAUUGUUGAAUGUUUGAUUCAUUAUCAACCAAUUUUGUAAAGCCUUCUUACCGUAUAGUCUUAGAAAAAACGCUCUCUCACUUGCUGUUUUCAUGUGCUUUUCCAUAGAUGAGGAAAUACUUUAAAACAUCUAAACCCCCUUUUUUUUUUUAGGUAGAAUGUUUGUCAAUGCCCUAAUGUAAUUUUAAUUACAUGAACAGCAGUAAAUUGUCCUGGAAGAAAAUGUAGAAUUUCACACUGAGAAAAAUAGUUUAGAUGUUGGAAAAAUAUUGUUGCUUUGUGACUUAUCACUCUUUUUAUGGAAAAAAUAAAUAAAAUAUGCAUUGUUUUGCA